AUGUCGGGUAGAAGUGCUCAUGUGCGCAAGGAGAAGGUCAAGCUCAAGGCCAAGAAAAGUGCACAAUAUCUCCAAGCUACCAUUGACUGUGGAUCGGACAGGUCGCGCUCGAUUAUUGGAGAUUUCCCUAUGUCUUCUCCAAACGACCACCAAGGGCAAUUCCAGGACGAGCUGGUUUUUAGACCUGCCAAUGAUAACAAUACAAUCAGGACUGGCGGAUCUGGUGGGUCGAGUGGGAUGGAGGACCUAGCAUAUGCGCGUGGCCGGAAACCUCACGCCGCUGUGCUUGAUGCAUCUGGUACUGAGAAAUCCACAUUCCGAUCUAUGAUGGAUAAGAAAAGUGAAGGUGUCCGGAAAGGACUUGCAAAGACCUUUGGGAAGAAAAAGAAGAAUGAGGACGUUAGACCGUCCACCUCCGCAAGCAUUCGCCCUACGUCCCACGAGACAGACGCAGGAGAAUCCCCUUUCCAAGGCAAACUUCGCCAACGUCAACUCUCUGAUGCACAAGACCAUGGACGGCCAAGUCCCCCGCAAGGGAAGCUUCCAGGUCUCCCACAUGGAUCUCAGUUGAAGCGAUGGAUGGGAUCUGGCAGAGCCCCGCAACCAUGGAAUAAGCUGCGAAAGGACCCCGAGCUCUGGGAUCCAAAUGGUGAUACUUUGGUCUUCUUUGGUCAUGGGCACCAUAACUCUUCACGCCCCCCUCCUUCUUUCCGCCUUUCGUCACAUGUACUUGAAGCCACUGACUCACGAUAUCUCAUCACUCUCCUACGUGACGGAUCCACUGAUGACAACCAUUCGCUUGACAUGUCCCCAUCUCCCAUCAGCUCUCCCAUUCAAGAUGGCACAUACCAGACAACGCCUCCAAUGUCAGAGUAUGGCGGAGGCGGCUACGACGGACAGAUAUCAUAUGAGAUUCAUUUCCCAACACCCACCAACUAUGCUAAGACCGAUAUCCUUCGCCAUCAGACUACCACGCGCAAUAUAUUCGCGCUUCUCUACCAAGCAUCUCUGGUUGGCUUGAAUCUCUACCAGGCCCUUACUGAUCUCCAUGAACGCCUCGAGGUUUAUAUGCCGCCUGAUACAGACACAGCUGGUAUGAUCAUUGAUUACCUUGUUAGCAAGGGUAUUGAUGAUGUCCGGGACAAUGCAGCCGCAGCUACCUCGAUCCUUGCUUGGAGUGAGAGCCAAUGCGUUCGUUGGGAGGAGGGUUGGAGGGAAGCGUACGUGCACAGUGUUGGAAUGUACAGCCAACUGGAGAGCUAUAGCGAUUUCAAAUUCGUCACACCCAUUACGAAAGCUCUUUUAGAGCGAGCUAGCUUGGAGGUUCAAGUGCGUAUCCAAAACUGCGAAGACCGGCUAUUGGAAUUUGAUUUUGAAGACAUGUGGCCAAAGACGAGCGCUCAGUUAUCAGCCUCUCGAGCCAGCUUCGAACGGUUGCGUGACUUUAUCCAGCAGCAUUAUCAAUCAGUCUAUGAGACUUGGCCGCCACCUACAUCGGCCGGAGCAGAGCAAUGGCUUACAAGAGAUCUGGCUCAAUCACUUCAGAAGGAUUUCGGUGCACUUUAUGAAUACCUGGUCAACAGGGAGGUUGUCUGGGACUGUGCUGAGGAGAGGAGUGGGCGGAAGUGGAACAUAGUCUAUGCUACCAACAAAGCUCUCGAGGCCGACACACCCGAUCUCCCAAUGACGGAUAUACUGAUAGCAUUCGAUAACCGACACAGAUACCCGCAUAUACCUCACCCAUACCCUUUGACUCCCGAGCCAGUAUCAACCAAUUCCAGCUCUCGAGAGAGCCUGUUUAAAGCUGGCAAGAAGGGGAGCAAGCAGACCGACGAUAAGAUGGCUGAGAGAAGAACCGCCCUGGCAUACACAGAAUCAACCAAUAUCUACCAGCUUGGAUCCGAUUUUGUGACCAACGAGCUGGUUGAUGAUUUUGUCCGAUUUGAAAAGGGAGACCAGGCCGGGGACAUAGAUCCGUAUGCAGCCCGCCGAGGCCGAUGGGUCCUAAUCUACGGAAUCUUGCAAACGCUUGCACCCGUCUCUGUCGAGACACCCAAUCUCCGUUACAAGAAAGACGUCUCGUACCACCUCAAUCCCCGGCUGGGAGGCACGCCACCAUGGAAAGGAGCAAACCAGAAUGUUCUAGAGGCAAGCCAUGAUAACAGUUAUUGCUGGGCCGUUCAGGAUACUUGGCAUAUCCAACCACCAGUCUCCAUGGCAAGGAUGAAGCCUUCAUAUCGUCAUAAUGCGUCGUCGACACCACCACCUGUCAUGGAAGGAGAUGCUCCGUCGGUUCGGUCACCUACACUCACAAGUACAGAUUUCGAUGAUUACCAUUUUUAUAAGGGUCCUCUAAUGGCUUGA